AUGCAGACUCGGAGCAGUGGCGUCGCGCUUCGUCCACCUAGUCGAUCCGGCUCGUCCACCGGCGGCGCAGCUCCUCCCUUCCCACCCCUAGCAUUCAAUGAUGAUCAAGCCUUGAACAGUCGACGUGUCCCUGCGCCAGUCAUGCCUCCAAGAAGCAAGACUCGCCCCCUUCAUCUCCACACCCUCGAUCAGAAUGUCGCGCCUCGCACGCACUCUCUGCAGCAGAUCUCAGCUUUACAUAACCCGUCAGGUGCAACGCUGGCCUCCCAAGCACAGAAGGGCCAGCAUGACGGCAGCAUACAGCCAGGCAACUCAGCAACAGCUACUCAACGCCCCGACACCGAGUCCCAAUUCCAGGACAUUCCGGACGACUUCUUUGCGUCCAUAGAUGAUGAGUCGCUCGCAACCAAUGGGCGCUCGCCUAUCGCUGCCAUCCAACAGCAGCAGCAGCAGCAGCAGACACAGCAUACAGACCUGCCUGUGUCCGCUCAACACCGCCCCUCGCUGCCUGCGGCUCUUAUGCAUGGCACUCAAGCCUCGACAACGAAUGCGACUGCUUCCACUCGCCGCUCAGCACCUCCAAUGCAUGUUCGCUCGCCUCACGCUCGGCGCGGUGUCAACUUCUCCAGAUCAUCGCCAAGGUCGUCCCCUGGCACGGCUGCCGCUCUUAUGCCGCCUCCUCAGCAGCCGCGCGCCCUCACCACCAACAGCCAUAGCCAGAAUGUAGAUCGCGCGCACAUCCACAUCGUCAGCCAGACGCACACAACCUCGGAUGUUGGAGCUCAGCGCCCCAGCUGCAGCGCUCAAAGCGCCAGCAGCCACAGCUCGCCCAGUAGCAGCCACCCUACCACUGCCACAAUGGCCGGCCUACCACCGCAGUCCUGCGCCUUCCGUAUGGUUCAAAAGGAGCUCAGCUGCGCGCAGGCUAAGAAUCGACGCUACCUUGGAGUGAUCGAAGAGCUGGAAAGGACGGUCGUGAUGUUGAGGGGUCAACGAGGAGAGGCGCCAAGCGGAGUUGGAGGAUCUGGUGAUGGGUCAGCUGCGCAAGAUGGACCGGGCGCUGGAUCCGGAGAUGGAGCUACUGAGGGAUCAGUGGCGGCAAGCCGAGGAGGGGAACAAGAUGAGCACGAUGAGAUUGAGUCUUCCUCUUCCAGUCAACCAGGGAGAUGA